GGUUGACGUUUUUGCUUUGUGGUGGCAUUUUAUUUUUAAUUAAAUUAAAUUUCUUAAGGGGAAGAGGGGAACCACCUAACCCCCCCCUCCAAAAAAAAAAAAAAGAAAAAAAAAGUGUAAUUUAGGAUUGAACAAAAUGUUUUAGGUCAAAUCAACACAAUUUCCUUACUCUUCAUUCCCUUAUACAAACUAUUCCUCGUUAUGGAAGAUUAGGCAGUGCCCACGGUCCUGCUAAAUUUGAGCCACUGCCAUAAGCCCUGGCUGAUGGGAACCCGUAUUUUGAGGAUUAGACAAAGGACAGCUUGGUACACAGAUUUGUAGUUCUGUUUCAAAUUGAUUUGGCACUGUCAACACUUUCUGGCCAAAGUGUGUUUAAAUCAAAUAAGCUUAAAUUAAACUUGAAAUUACUGCUUUAAUUUGAUUUGAUGAGAAGCGUGGGUUGAAACUCGCUAUCCGACUUCAAAAAGCAGACAUUGGGAAGUAAAUAGAAAAGAAGAAGCCAAGAGGCGACCUGCUGACCGCCACCCUCCGUCCAACCCCACCGCUCGGCCCCACAAGCCCCAACGCCCCUCCCGCCUCCAUUACCGGCCUCUUCUGCCUACGGGGCGCCGCCGUUGCCAUGGGGACCGGCGGCGGCCGCAGGGCACCCUGGGACUCGUAGGCUCAGGCGGCUCCGCCAUCUUCUCUCGCCCCCGCCCUGUGCAACGUCCCCAGAUGAAUCCCCCUUCCCCGGCCCCCGCACAUAUGUGAACCCCACUGAUGGGGGUACUGUCCCCACUUUUAGGGGCAGCUGCUCCACGUUGGCCGCUGGGGAGGCCCAGUGUAAAUACUCUGUGAAAAUACCCGAUUCUAACUGGCUUUUCUUUUUGCUGGACCUCCUGUUGCCUCUUAAAAGAAGAAAAAAUGACAGAUGGUGAGCUACAGUAAACACCGCAAACUAUCCAUAGCAUUAUUUUCAGUUUUCACUAAGGUUUCUCAGGAUUCCUGUUCAAUAUAAGAAAUACCACAUUUGCUGCAUUUUCAGCUUCAUAUAAUGGUUCAAACAUGCAAAAAAAAAAAAAAACACAAAAAACCUUAGUUUCAAGGGUAGCACUGCUAACUAUUGUGUUUUCAGCCCUAAUCAACCCUAAAAUGGAAUUUCUAUUUAAAGGAUUUUUAGGAUUGAACACUGCAAUGUUCAAUCUUAAUAAUUACUCCUGCACGAACACUUUCUGAAACCUAGAAUUUUCAUCUCUGACACCAGGUCAGCUUGCUGAACUCAGUAUCAUAGUGCUCGUUUACAGCAAAACCGAACUUGGCCCUUAAUACUUGAAAGUUAUCUGUUAACGUUUAACAUUCUCAAAAUAACUUUCAUGCUCAGAGACCUUCUUAAGGAAAUAUGUGCAGGCAGACACUGAAUUGUGACCAUCUCUGGGAUAGAAGGCAACAACCAGAUGGAAAAAAAGAGCAUCCUGCAUACCACAGUAGAACGGAAUAUUUUUUACCAAGAGUUCUGGACCUCUUCUUGUGCCUUGGGAGUUUUCACUGAUGAUGCAAAAAGAAGGAAAAAAAAAUCCAAUAAUAGAGACUGGAUACAUACAAUCGACAAAAUCACCCUCCUCAGUAUCAGGAAAUAUAGUGACAUACUCAUUUCAGAUAAGCGCCUGAGCCCUGCAAUUUGGAUCAUGAUCUGAGUUCUUUACAGCUGAGAGCGUUUGUUACAGAGGCUUAUUUCAAUAUGAUCUCUACUAGAAUUACCUCUGAUCCUAUGCUCCCCCUACUCUCUCUCCUCCCCUCCCCUUUUUAAGGUAAAAUUUGUAUCUACCACUCUGAAAUCUCUUUGUUGUUGUCAGGGAGAGGUACCAGCCCUUUUAUGCAGGAGGUGGCUGUGACAACACCGAUGCAACUUUAAACGUUACCCUACGGCUCUGUGAUCCUGUCCCCUGUUCCCAGUCCCUUCUCCCUUGUCCCUUCCCCCUCUCCCAGACGUUUCUGCAGCCUGCCUCAUUGGUGCAGGACUCUCCUUUGCCUUUUACGGACUGCCAUCCUGUCAAUCUAAUGCAAUAAGGCCAGGGGCAGGUGCAAACCUCUUGCUAUGGCUCCUCUUACUAACCAAUCCUUUACUGGCCCCUCAUCCCAAAAUACCUAGGAGCCAACUGAGUGGGAAAACCCGGGACCCCCGGGGAGAGGGAGACGCCAAAGCUGGUGGAUUGCUGUGGGGUUCACCCAUUUAGGAUCCGGGUUAGCCCAGGAGCUGCCGAAGGCUGGGAUUCCUAUCGGGACUUUGUUGACUUGUGGAUAGCAGGCGUGCUCUGCUGAUUCCUUUUCAUCACUGUCAAAAUGGUGAUCAAAGUCUUUGUAGCCACAUCUUCGGGGUCUACAGCGAUCAAAAAGAAACAGCAAGAAGUAGUGGGAUUUUUAGAGGCCAAUAAGAUUGACUUUCAGCAAAUGGACAUAGCAGGUGAUGAGGACAACAGGAAAUGGAUGAGAGAGAAUGUCCCAGGUGAAAAAAAGCCUCAAAAUGGAAUUCCUCUCCCUCCACAGAUCUUCAAUGAGGAGCGGUAUUGUGGGGACUUUGAAUCCUUUUUCUCUGCUAAAGAAGAAAAUAUUAUUUAUUCAUUCCUGGGUCUUGCUCCUCCUCCAGGCACAAAGGAAACUGAAAAGUCUGAUACCACUAAUGAAGCUGUGGCACACACGGAAGACAGUGCAAAUGAAGGGACUCAUGAAGAGUCUCAGUCUGCUCAGUCACCAUCAGAAGAUCAACAGGAAAACAAGGAAGAAGAUGCAGCAACAGGGGAGGAAGAAAAGCAAGAAGAAGAAAAGCAAGAAGAAGGAGAAGAAAAGGAAGAGGUGGAGGAGCAAGAAGAGUCUUAGUACACUUCCUUAAGACACAUUCUUUCUUGAACAGGUUUUCAGGAAGCACAAACUGGAGCAGCCCUACCAAAGAAAAAAUCACCCUCUCAAGCAAACUGUCACUACCUUUCACACCUGUAUACAUGUGAACAUAUAAAUAUGUAGCAGCAAAGAUGCCACCCUAUCCUACCUGCGGCCUUUAUAUAUAUAUUUGGUAUUACAAUUGCUUGUUAAAAUGGGUCGUCUUAUAUCUGACUGAUGAUAUUUCAGUUGAUUGUUAUAUGUUGGAAUAGAAUUGUCCUUGUCAUAUUUUAGAUUGUAAGCUCCUCAGGGCAAGAACCAUGUCUUUCUCCAUGUUUAUGUACUUCCAAACACACUGCUGCCACUCAGCAGAUAACUGCACUCACACAAGUGAUGUUGUAUUCAGAGAAAAUGAAAUUCAGCACUGAAAACUACAAAGAGGCUUCCUGCAUGCAACCUAUGAGUCACUUCUUCCCCAACUGACUUUUGAAAAUGAUUAAGAUUUCCAUUGUACAGCAGUUUAAAUAAAUAUUUUCUGUCACAUCUA